UCUCGCGUGAAAUAUAUGACGUCGUGGUAACUUUGUGCAGAGAGUGACCUUCAUGACAUAAGCUUUUAGUUUGAAGCAAGAAUUAUUUCGGUGAGUCUGUCAAAAGAACAAUUUCUCAAGCAAAUGUAACCCACGUUUGACGAAUAUUUGCCAACUGUAAACCAUAAAUUCACAUCGCAUUGUACGUGCUUUGGCUAAUGGUGUACUAAUUGACUUUAAAAGACAAACGGGGGUGUGUAACGCGAACUUGGGUGUAAACAAACAAUCCUGCUAGACCAGCCCAUACUCUUUCUCUUGUAACUGGAAAAAUUCCGCCACUAAUAUGUCUGAAGAUGAUGAAUACAGAGAUCUUUUGGAAUCCAAACGCCUUGAGAUUAUACAACACUUGCAAAUCGACAGGACUUUCGUCUUCGAUUAUCUUCGCCACAAAAACGUGCUGGACCAAGAAGAUUGUGAGUUGAUACACAGUGAAAAAACGACCUCGAUGAAAAUUGGCAAGUUUGUGGACGUUUUAAGAAGAAAGGGCCGAAAAGCGUACCAAUGCCUACUAGAGUCAUUGCAACUGGAACAUCCUGUAUUGUAUGAAAAAUUAACCGGAGAACACGCUGAUGCAACAACCAGCCCAAUCAUGUUGAAGUUAAGGAAUUCAUUCAUCGGCUUAGGAGGUCCCAUGGGCAACAGUGAGCUAGAAAUAUUGACAAGUCAUUUGGAACGUACAUAUGGUGAUCUUCAUGAAAUGGCGAAACGGUACGAACAAGUUGUACAAAACAAAAAAGACAUCGAAGAACAACUGGAAACGACAACAAAUGAUUUAGAGAGGCAAAAAGAAAAGGUUGACCUUCUGGAGAAGAAGAUUGAUUCACAGAAGACAAAGUCGAUGCCACUGGACAACAAGGAAAACAAUCAAAGAUGGACGCAAUAUCUGCAAUAUGUCGACAACACCAGGAAGGAAAUCUCGGAUCGUGAUAUUUAUAUCAUCGCCCUACAAACUAAACUAAUGAGCUCCAGGGAGGAAAUCGAGGCAUGCAAGAAAAAGAACGAGAAUUUGUUGGUCAAGAAUGCGGAAUUUCAAAAAAUGAUUGAGGAGAUGAAUGAAAGUUACCACAAGAAGAAAUGUGAAUCCCUGCGACUGAGCGAACGCAUAGAACGACAGGGGAACGAAAUCAAGAAGGCAGAACAGACGAUGAGAAAAUAUCGUGAAACCCAGUUUAAUAACAUGAGACUUCGCGAGGAGAAGGAACACUUGCAAGAGGAGUUGGACGAACUCAUCAAGUUGACCGAAGCGUUGAAGACUCACUACGAUAUUGUCGAGUACGAAAAGAAGAGGACUUUGAGUAAUCAAACCGAAAUCAUGGCUGAUUUCAGUAGUUUGCAAGAAGAAUUGAUGAAGUCAAGGGAAGAAAUGAACGAGGUCCAGUUGGUAGCCGCCGACCUCCGGGAUCGUGUACGCCAUCUUGAACACGACAGGCAAACAUACAAGCGACAACGUGACGGGGCCUUCAUGAUACGACGCGAGGCGAUCUUAGAUCGUGACAAAGCUUUCUUGGAACGUGAUCAGGCCAUUAAGAAAUACGAAGCCCUGAAAACCGAAAAUACUACCGCAAUUGAGAACAAAAUAUCGCAGUCCAAGAGUUACGACGAGGUUGUAGCAAGGUGCGAUGUCUUUGAAGAAGAGGUGAAACAGUUGAAGAUCAAGUUGCGACAAACUGAACGAGAAUUCGAAGAAUUAAAAGUUCGUUGUGGAGUAGUGGAUGAAAAGAGUGAAGAUGAGGAUGAUAAGAAAGAUGGCGAUGCAACCCCGCCCAAGAUAGAAAUAGAAACCUCAAAUAGUGAAGUUUCGAAAACUGAACCUAAAGAAAGUGGAAGCACGUCACAACCACCAACGUCCCCCUCAACCCAAAAAACUAUUUUCGACAGCAUAAAACGCCGUGUAGGGCCACCCUCACCCAAUUUCGCAGACAUCCAACCCCCUAUCUUCCCCGUGUCCAACACCCCUACCUUUCCAGGCCCACGCCCCACCGCCACCCUCAGGCCCCAGUCCAUUUUCACGGAUAUACCCUCCCUCCCUCCAUCCCCAAUUAAUUUUACUCCGUUCACACGAGCUCCGACCAACUUACCAAAGGAAGGUGGGUUGAUCAGAAAAGGCGUGUCGCGCAUGCCUAUAAAAAUGCGUCAAAGUGGCAUCGAUGAAUCGGCCAUCCCAAAUGGGGAGGUGGCCGAAACCCCACCUAGCGAGGAGAGCAACGAUCAGGGAAACACAGAGGAGGUGGUUGACAACGCCACAGAGCUGCCCACACCUGACCAAGAAGUGACUGCGAAUGGCGACAACGGGGAUCCGGACAGUAAGGUCAUACAAUAUCUUUGAUUUCAAUUACAUACCAACCCCACCCCCUCACGGGUACUUCGUGUAAGGGUCAGUCUAGUAUUCUUCAGACGUCCUCAUAGUUUUGCCGAAAGGUUACCAAACCUUAUUUGCAACUUGCCUUUAAACCUGAACAAUUCCCAAAGAUGCCUUUAACAUGGCUUGAGCAGUUCACAAAACAGUUCACGAACAAAUUUGAAUACGAACAAACGCUGAAAUAAUAUUUUCUUAGAUUUAAAUAUUAUUACAAACUAUACAAUUAUCGACUCAAAGUUUAUUACUGAAUAUUAUGAAUAAGUGAAUUGCAGUCUUAAGUUAUUGAAAGCUUUUUAGUGGUCUUUUUUUUUCAUUUUUUUUUCAUUAGAGCUGAAUAUUUUGACUGAAUAGGUUUAUUAAAAUAUUUAUUUUACUA